ACUACAAGAAGUUCGUGAAUGAGCUGGUUGAAAGGGAUUAUGCAGAGAAGGUGUCUAAAGAAAAUAGGGGUGCGCACUUGGGAAGAACGUGGUACAUGCCGCACCAUGGCGUCUAUCAUCCCAUGAAGCCGCAGAAGAUUAGAGUUGUAUAUGACUGUUCUGCGAGCUAUAAGGGCGUGUCGCUGAACGACAGGCUUCUGCAAGGACCCAAUUUGACAAGUUCGUUAGUUGGAGUACUCUUAAGAUUUCGCCAAGAACCGUUUGCCCUCAUGGGAGACGUGGAGAAGAUGUUUUACCAAGUCCGUGUACCUGUCCAGGACAGGAGUCUGCUUCGAUUCCUUUGGUGGGCUGAAGGGGAUUUGUCUCAACAGCUGGAGGAAUACCAGAUGAACGUCCAUCUGUUUGGAGCAGCUUCAUCACCAUCAUGCGCAAACUUCGCACUACGAAGAACAGCCCAGGACUUUGGUGAUCUGUAUCGACCUGAUGUGGCAAGGUGCAUAGAGAGGAAUUUCUAUGUAGAUGAUUUUCUGAAAUCUGCCGCAACUGAAGACGAAGCAGCUGACAUCGCGCUACAGGUUCGUGAUUGUUGUGCCAGAGGAGGCUUCAAUUUGACUGGGUUUGUAAGCAACAGUGAGAAGGUCAUGUCGCGUCUCCCGCAGGCAGAUUGUGCACUGACUCGCACAAUGAGCCUCUCUUGUGGUACGCCAUCUUCACAGAGGGCACUCGGAGUGCAAUGGGACAUCAUCAAUGACACCAUGAGUUUUCGUGUCGAGGUUGAUCCAGGACCACCUACGAGAAGAGGAAUCUUGUCUACCGUCAGCGCCGCCUAUGAUCCUUUGGGAUUAGGUGCUCCAUUCAUUUUGCCAGCGAAGUUCAUCCUCCAGGACCUGUGUCGUCUUAACUUGGGAUGGGAUGACAAUAUCCCUGAAGAGCAUGCUGAGAGAUGGACGCAAUGGUGCAACGACCUGAAGGAGCUGAAACAGUUCAGUGUGAGCAGGAGUCUGUCACCUGCUGACUGCAAGGCGGUGAGUCGUCAGUUGCACCACUUUGCGGACGCCAGUGAGAGAGGAUACGGCACUGUCAGUUACAUCAGACUGGUGGACGAAGAGGGGAAGAUUCGCACGUAUUUGCUGAUGAGCAAAGCAAGAGUGGCACCGUUAAAAGUAUGCACUAUCCCUCGGCUCGAACUCUCCGCAGCUGCCCUAGCCGUUCAGAUGAACACCCUGUUGCUAUCGGAACUCGAAGUACCGAUGGACGCCGUCUUCUUCUGGACAGAUAGCAUCUCAACCCUCAGAUAUAUACAGAAUAAGACCUCGAGGUUUCAAACCUUCGUGGCGAACCGCCUCUCGAUCAUACAUGCUGGCUCGAAUCCCGAUCAGUGGAAGUACGUGCCGUCAUCUCUCAAUCCUGCUGACGACGUGUCACGUGGUCUCACGGCGCGACAGUUCCUCGACUCCAAACGUUGGACUGAUGGCCCUGAGUUCCUCAGCGGGCAGAUACACGUCUGGCCUGAUCAAACCAGCGCACUGCAAUCAGUAGAAGGCGAAGAACCCGAAGAGAUCAAGAAAGUGACGGUGAAUGCUGCUCGUGUAGAUGAAGACGAUCCUACCUCACAGCUUCUGAACAGAUUUUCAGAUUGGCACAGGCUAAAAAAGGCAGUUGGAUGGCUGCUUCGAAUCAGAGCUACGCUUCUCAUCCGAGCGAAAACGAGAAAGAAGUUAAAUGAUGGCACGGAAGACGUGCAGAGCAAAAACGUUUCUGCGCGCCUCACUGUGCGCGACCUUCAGGACGCAGAAUCUGCAAUCAUCAGAUUCGUACAGCGACGGGUCUUCCCUGAGGAGUUGACCAGAACUCAUGUGAAGAAAGGCAGCCCUCUGUAUCGCCUUAGUCCACUCGUAGUCGAUGGGACUCUGACCGUCGGAGGUCGUCUGAAGAACAGUGGGCUUUCAGAUCUGGUGAAACAUCCAAAGAUUCUUCCCAAGCAAGGCCACGUCACAGACCUGAUCAUCCGUGACAUGCACGAAAGAACUGGUCAUCAGGGACGGGAACAUGUUCUGGCGGCCUUGCGCUGCGAGUAUUGGAUUGUGAGCGGGAACACAGCUGUCCGCAGAGUUCUGUCCCAGUGUGUUGGGUGCCGGAAACGACAGGCUGGCGUCGUCACCCAGGUGAUGUCUGAUCUACCAGAGGAACGUGUAACCCCAAACGAACCUCCUUUUACGCGUGUUGGUACUGACUACUUCGGGCCAUUUUUCACAAGAAGCGGCAGGAAGCAGAUGAAGAGAUACGGCGUGCUGUUCACUUGUCUCACAACCCGCGCUGUGCAUAUCGAGAUUGCUGACAGCCUGGACAUCAGCUCCUUCAUCAGUGCACUGCGUCGCUUCCAGGCAAGACGAGGUCAAGUCAGGCAUAUCCGCUCUGACAACGGAACUAACUUCAUCGGCUCCGAUCGAGAACUGCAAGAAGCGGUAAAGAACCUGAACAGAGACCAGGUUCACGAAUUUUUGUUGAAAAGAGGCAUCAAAUGGGUAUUCAACGCGCCAGGCGCUUCGCAUCAUGGGGGUGUGUGGGAGCGGCUUAUCAGAACUUUCAGAAAGAUAUUAGGCGCGCUUCUCAAAGAGCAGACCCUGACUGAUGAGUCACUCCGUACGCUGACGUGUGAAGUCGAGGCUGUGAUGAACAGUCGACCCUUGACACCAGUUUCCAGCGAUCCAGCAGAUCCGGAACCACUGACGCCGAACCAUCUGCUGCUGCUCCAAGGAUGUGCUGAACCCUGUGGCGUGUUUGAUGAGCAGGACACGUACUCCAGACGACGGUGGCGCCAGGUGCAGUACCUGGCAGACGUUUUCUGGAGACGCUGGAUGGCAGAAUAUCUGCCUCAGCUGCAGAAAAGACAAAAGUGGAUGAAGGUCAAGAGGAAUCUGUCUGUCGGCGACCUGGUCUUGAUCGUCGAUCUGAAUCUACCCCGACCACAGUGGCCUCUGGGUCGGGUGACUGAAGUGUUCCCAGAUGCACAGGGUCAAGUCAGGACUGUGACAGCUAAGACCGCCAGAUCUGUAUUCAAGCGGCCCAUCUCCAAACUGGUACUGGUGCAGGAAGCGAUUGUGUGAGCGCCGGACGUCCUUACCUGCCCUUGUUGUUGAACCUGUGUUGGUUCAAGGGGGAGGGUGUUGGCGCAGCGUAUCCGGCGCCGAUACUUCGGCUGACUGAUCCUCGGAAGUGGAAGAACCAGCGGUUUACAACGAACGAGUUUGUUUGUGUAUUGUGGAACCAGCCGGCUCAGCUUUGGCUCAGCUGACCGUGUCAUUCCGCAAAAUGUCUUUGUUUGCUUAGUUAGUUUAGUUAUGUGUUAUUUUGAAAGAUUUUGUCAACGGCUAAAUUAAAUAAUUAUAGUGGACAGGGCAGAACCUCGAAACCACUUUUACACUCUCACUCGAUCAUGUUCAGUUCAAAUAUAUCGUCAAGUUCAUUUCAAAUAAAUCACAAGUGAUGA